AUGGACUCUAAAUCAAAUUCAGAGUUCGCUGCCGCGUCCCCCAGCAGCACCAGUGCCCAAAGAGGCAAGGUAGCUCUACCCCCGAGCUGUGAACCUCCCCCUCCAAAUUCGCCGCGCAAGCAGCUCGUAUGGAUUGUCUUUGGGGGAACCGGCCAUAUGGGCCGGUCACUAGUGAAGUGUGCACUCGCCCGUAACGAUCUCGUGACCGACGUGGGACGUACGUUUGAGACGAGCCCCGAGUCGAUGGAUAGGGGCACACAGAAUUGUCUUGGAAUGCUGUGCGACGUCCGCGCACGGCAAAGCGUAGCAAGCGUCAUCGAGAAGACUUUAGAGCGCUUCGGCCGCAUUGAUGUCAUCGCCAACUGCAGCGGGUACGGUGUGAUUGGGGCGUGCGAGGACCAGGACGAGCACGAGAUCCGGAAUCAGUUCGAGACCAACUUCAUGGGUACGCUCCACAUAAUUCAGACCUCUCUUCCGUACUUUCGCUCUCAGGGCUCUGGUCGCUAUCUCAUCUUCAGCUCUACGAGUGGCGCCCUCGGCGUCCCCGGGCUGGGUCCGUAUUGCGCGACUAAAUAUGCGGUUGAAGGCCUGAUAGAAGCGAUGUCGUAUGAGAUCGACUCAUUCAACAUCAAGGCAACGCUCGUCGAGCCGGGCCUCGUGCGUCGCGACGAGCCAGAUUCCGUGGGGAACCCACUGCCGACCUGGGGUCACUUCCUCAUCAAACCCGCGAGCGAGGCCUAUGCCCACUCCUCGUCGCCGGCGCUACAUGCGAAGCGCAUGGUGCAGUGGCUCGGCGAUCGACAGCCCACGAGCGCUGUGAAAUGUGCCGAGCUGGUGUGGCAGCUGGGACACUGCUCUUAUCCGCCGCUGCGUCUCGUGCUGGGAAGCUACGCCAUCGAAAGCAUUCGCGAUCGCCUCCGAUCAGUCACCGAAGAACUUGAGGAUUGGAAACACUUGAAUUAUCCCGCGACUCUGGACGCGGAGACUGCACCGACCACCGAGGGCAAGAGCACUGAACGCGAGGAACCUAUGGAAGAUGUGGACACUGAAACACAAGAGCCUGCUACUUGA